CUGUGGUGCUGACGUCAUGCGAACGAUGAAUAUUUAGAGAGAUUGUGAUUUUCGAUAUUUAGUGGCGUUUUGUGUGGAUACAUAUUAAUGUAUUUAGUGAAAUUACUAAAAUGGAAACCGAUUGGAUGAUAGAAGACUCGACGACACCUAAGGUGACGUCUCUAACAUCCCUGGACACAGGCGUGCGGCCGGCGCCGAGCGGUGCGGCGUACGUCGCUGAACGGAACACAUGUUUGAACUUGUUCUCAAGAUGGAACGAGACCGAUCAGGUGGAGUUUGUGGAGCAGCUGCUGGCGCGCAUGUGCCAUUACCAGCAUGGACACAUCAACGCAUACCUCAAACCCAUGCUGCAGCGGGACUUCAUCAGCAUGCUGCCAAAAAAAGGCCUCGACCAUGUAGCAGAGAACAUACUGUCAUACUUGGACGCGAGUUCGCUUUGCGCUGCCGAGCUUGUGUGCCGCGAGUGGCAGCGCGUGAUAUCAGAGGGCAUGCUCUGGAAGAAGCUCGUCGAGCGGAAAGUUCGGACUGACUCCCUGUGGCGCGGGCUCGCCGAGCGACGAGGAUGGAUAAUGUACCUGUUCAAGCCGAAACCUGGUUGUCAGCAUCCGUCCCACUCGUUCUACCGACAGCUGUACCCCAAGAUCAUACAAGACAUACAGUCCAUUGAGGACAAUUGGCGCAUGGGCAGGCAUAACUUACAGAGGAUAAACUGCAGAUCGGAAAAUUCGAAAGGCGUGUACUGUUUGCAGUAUGACGACAACAAGAUAGUUUCUGGACUCCGAGACAACACUAUCAAGAUAUGGGACAGGAAGACUUUACAGUGUGUUAAGGAACUCCAAGGUCACACGGGCUCAGUCUUGUGCCUACAGUAUGAUGAACGGGCCAUCAUAUCAGGGUCAUCAGACAGCACGGUCAGGGUGUGGGACGUGACCACGGGCGCUAUGCUGAACACACUCAUCCACCACUGCGAGGCUGUACUGCAUCUGAGGUUCUGCAAUGGCAUGAUGGUCACGUGUAGUAAGGACAGAUCGAUAGCGGUCUGGGACAUGACGUCGACGACAGAGAUAAUGUUAAGACGAGUGCUAGUGGGGCACAGGGCGGCUGUCAACGUGGUGGACUUUGACGAAAAGUAUAUUGUUAGCGCGAGCGGCGAUAGGACUAUAAAGGUUUGGAACACAUCUUCGUGCGAAUUCGUGCGCACACUUAACGGACACAAGCGCGGGAUCGCAUGUCUGCAGUACCGCGACAGAUUAGUCGUGUCCGGGUCGUCGGACAACACCAUACGACUCUGGGACAUCGAGUGUGGGCAGUGCAUUCGAGUUUUGGAGGGCCACGAGGAGCUGGUUAGGUGUAUUCGGUUUGACAACAAAAGGAUAGUGAGCGGAGCUUACGACGGUAAAAUAAAGGUGUGGGAUCUUCGCGCCGCGCUGGACGUGCGCACGCCGCACCAGGACCUCUGUCUGCGCACGUUAGUGUUGCAGGAGCACACGGGCCGAGUGUUCAGGUUACAGUUCGACGAGUUCCAGAUCGUGUCCUCGUCGCACGACGACACCAUCCUAGUGUGGGACUUCCUCAACUACGGCGGGGCUUCGCCUUCGCCCGCAGCGCCGCCGCCGCGCCGCUCCUCGCCGGACCACGACCGCGCCUUCUACGACUAGGCUUGCCUCACAGACGGCGUUUGUACGUUAUCGUUAUGAUAACGGGCACACAAAUAACAGUUUGCUGCAGUGAAGUGACUCCAAGAGUGAAGUUGGUGCAAGUGGAGUGACUCCAAUGCAGUGACGUUGAUAUGAGUGGAGUGACUCCAAGAGUGACGUUGAUAUGAGUGGAGUGACUCCAAGAGUGACGUUGAUAUGAGUGGAGUGACUCCAAGAGUGACGUUGAUAUGAGUGGAGUGACUCCAAGAGUGACGUUGAUAUGAGUGGAGUGACUCCAAGAGUGAAGUUGGUACAAGUGGAGUGACUCCAGUGCAGUGAAGUUGGUGCAAGUGGAGUGAAGUGAAUGUAGUGACGAUAAAUAAUGAAUUAUGUUUGUUUACAUUGACGUUAUAUGACUAUAGUCAGCGACCAUGUCUAAUUCUCAAUAUGUCAGUAAUAACUGAAAAUUCGUGUGACGUCAGCAGCAAGAUUCGGUUCCAUCGGGCGCGUCGAAUUCAUUUUUUUUCGAUGCGUCUGUUGCUGUUUUAUUUGGGAUACGACGAAUUUUGUGUUUGGCGAGUCUGCGUAUAUUAAAGGAAACGAUGAUUGACUGAUUGGUCUAUCAAGGCACAGCUCAAACUAUUGGACGGAUCAGGAUAAAAUUUGGCAUGCAGAUAGCUAUUAUGACAGGCUUUUGUUAAGAAAGGAUUUUUGAAAUUUCAACUCUUGAGGGGUUUUGUUUAAAAAAAAAGAAUAUUAGCCAUGCUAAUCAUGACUAAUACUCCCCUUUCCCCUCCGCACAAAUGAACUCAAAACUAUAUUAAACUAUAUGUUACUUACCUUCCUCUUGAAUCACUAUAUCUAUUGAUGAAAACUGCAUUAAAAUCUGUUCUGUAGUUCAAAAGAUCUAAGCGUUCAGACAGACAGACAGCGGGAAACGGCUUUGUUUAUGUAGAGAAGUCAAAAUGGUUCCUACUCCCUCUCCCCCAAUCUCACUUUAGUGGGAGUCAGUUUUGAUUAUCCAGUACUUGACUUUAACUUGAUAGUAGCCUUUGCUGAAGCGGUAACUAUAAUCCACGGAAAGAAAUUAGUAUCCUGCUCUCUCUAUUACGUAAUCCCAUACAAAUGACAGAGACAAAAAUAUCAGUGGGCGUUA